AUGGAUUCAUAUGAGUUGUUUGGAGAGGAUGUGGGUGGAAACAUGUUGGAAGGUUUAUCUGAAUUGGGAGGAGAUAAUUUCACAGAUGUGGCAGGUCGUGGUAGUCAACCCCCUGCAAAUACAGGCUAUGCCCAAUCGCAACCAUAUCAGUUACCUGGAGAAAUGCAUGGUCACCAAGGGGAGUCUCCACUACAAAAACUUGCAUCAUUUGGACCCCCAAGUGGUGCAGGGCCAAGUGCACCAGAUUACAACCCUGGUAAUCACAUGGAUCACUUUCAUUCUAAUCACUCUGGAUCAGCUUAUGGAUCAAGUAGGGUUUCUUCAGGCCUAAGACCUAAUUUAGGACAAUCUGGACCGCCACAGUAUUCACCUUAUUCAGAUGCUGCAGCAGGCAUGUAUGGUGCCACUGAUCAAGCUGCUUUACAAGCUUGGUCUAAUUAUCCUGCUCCAGGUAUUAGUAGGCAUUAUCCACAUAUAGCUCAACCAUCUUACAGACAACACAUGAGUUAUCAACAACAACCCAGUCAAGAAAAUCAACAGAAACCGGGCCAGUAUGUAUCUAUGAUGACUUCACAUCAAACUCCAUCUAGUGUUUAUUCACGAAGUCAACAACAAUCAAUGGCACCUUAUCAAAAUAUGAUGUAUUCAAACACUUCACCAGGGUAUUCUGCUUAUGGUCAUCAACAGAACACUACUACUGUUUCUUCACGAAUACCACCACAUCACAUGCAACAAUAUCCACAACAACAAAUGCAAAUGCCUGAAAUUCCUAAUCCUCAAGCUCCAUCAAACUACAAUCAUUUACAAACACAAAUGACUUCUCAUCCAGCAUUUUCGCAGCAACCUCAACCACCUCAACAACAGCAAUCUCAACCACAACAACCACAACAACAAAUGCCACAAAGAUCGUUAGGAAUUGAUGUACCUAGUAAUCCUUCUUAUGGGCCACCUAGUGGGGGUAACCAAAGUAAACCUCAUACUUCUCAAGGAGGGAGCCCUCAACCGCAAUACCGUGCACAGUUUCCCCAACUGUCACCACAAAUGUCUCCACGACCUCAAAUGUCACCUAGGCCGCAAAUGUCUCCAAGACCUGUAAUGUCGCCAGCAAAACCAACAACACAUUCACCACACCCUCAUUCCGCUCAAUCUAACAUGUCUCCAAGGCCUGCUACAGCAUUAACCCCAAAAGCAGUGGCUACUUCCAGCCCAUCUCCUUAUGCUCAACAGAGUACUCUUCAACAACUUGAACAAAUGGUGAUGCCUACAGUUAAUACUAAUACAACCACCGAUUAUCCAGGAUAUAGAAGUGGUUUACAAGCUAAUACUUCUCCACAUUGGCAGUCAGCACCAAGACCUCCUCAUAAUGGAGGAAUGGUUUCUCAAAAUAUUAACGACCAAGGGUUACCAGUAUAUUCAGCCAUGCCAUCUGAAGACCAAAAUCUGGAUUCUUCUAAAUCCCAAUCAAAUUCUAAUUCUAGUGAACCGCAACACAUUCCUGUUUCACAUUCUGGAGAUAUGCCUCCAACUUUAGAACCACAAACAAAUAUACCACCAGCUCAACAGCAGCAACAGUUACAGCCAACAAGCCAGAACCCAAGUUCUAUGGAACACAUGGGGUCUAACAGUAUGACUUCUACUGGUAUUGGGUAUAAUGACUCAAUGUCUCAAUAUCAAAAUGGUAAUAAAAUGGAAGAAAUGAUCGGCAAUCAACCACCCGAUGCACCUCAACAGAUGCAACAUUCCCAAACUUCAAUGUACGAUCCAAGAGGCCCCCCACCUCCAGGAAUGUACCAUUCUUCACCAAUUAGUCAUCAACAAGAAAUGGCUGCAUUACAACAGCAACUUCAAGAAUUAUAUUGUAUGCCACCUUCUGGGCCUGAUCAUCAAUUAAGGAUAAAUCAUAUUCAAGAUAGGAUAUCCAUUCUGCAACAACAUGAAGCAAAUGAUCAAUGCAUGGGUGGUGUACACUGUCCAGUUGUUAACCCUAUGUAUCAACCUGCCAUCAUGGAACCGGCUGUACCGGUGGUGUCAGGUCGUGGAAGAGGAAGAGGACGAGGAAGAGGUAGAGGUAGUACUUCAGGUGAAGGCCGAGGGACACCUAGACCAAGAAAAAGCAGGAAAAAAGCUCAAGAGCCUGAGCAAAUUCCAUUUUCUCCUCCCUUAUUACAACCAGAAAUGCCAACACAUCCUAUGGUGCCACAAGAUAUGAUGCCAAUGCACAUGAAUAUGAGUCCUGGUAUGGCUCAACCUCAUCAUAUGAUGGCUCCUGGAAUGCCGCAUAUGGGAAUGCCACCUAACCCCAUGCAUCAUGAACAUAUACCACAAUCGUCUAUGUAUAAUAAUUCAGAUUCUGCAUACCAUCACCAUAUGCAAUCCUUAGGAUGUCCACCACCACAACAACAUGUGCCUCAACAACCACCACCUCAACAGUUGCCACAAUUGCCUGUGCAGCAACCUAUAAUACCAUGUACUUCUGAGUCACAAAUAGUAUCUAACGCCGUUCCUUAUCCAGAGCCUAUAAUGCCUCCGGUGCACCUUGAACAACCUAUACAAAUGUCUCCUGAACAACAACCACAGCCACAACCACAGCCUCAACCACAGCAACAGCAACAGCAACAUCCACCAUCACAACAGCCACAACUAGAGGAAUUGCAACAACAAAUACAAGAACCGCCAAUAAUGCCUCAGUCUCCGGUUGAAUCAGAAUCACUAUCCCGUGCUGAAUCUCCUUUGAUAGAACAAAUAAACCAAUCUCCACCACCUGAAUCUGAAGUUCUGUCACCACAAGCUCCGACAGAAGUAAAAAAAGAUUCUAAUCCUGAUAUUCAAUCACCAAUUGGAAGUCCUAUUGUGGAGAAAUCAGUAGUAGAUAAUGAUGAUACUUCAGUUGUUUCACACCAGUCUAGAUCACUGUCACCGGCUGAAUUGAAUGAACCACAAUCUCUUGAACGAGAUUGUUGGUCUGGUAGUGAACAUGAUCCUCCUCCACCGACACUGACCGCAGAAGUUUCACCUCCAGCUUCUCCAAAAGCUGAAAAUGAAAUAGCUGAAUCGAGUAUAUUCAAUUUCACUGAAGAUGAAGAACCUCCCCCACCACUUCAUUCACUAUCUGAUGGAUCUCCUAGGAAAUUAAAAGGACUUCCAAGAACGAAGAAAUCACAAUCUCCAAAAACAAAAAAGCCUAAAGCAACUAAAGUUCCUAAAUCUAAAGCAAAAGAUCGUAAGAAAAAAGAAAUUAUUCUAGAAGCUGAAAUAGUUGAAGAAACUCCUCUUCCUCCACCUUCAAAGCCAAAAAGACAAUCAAAAAAAAAGAAAAACUCUACACCUGAAAAUAAAGUAUCCGAAGAAAUAGAUCAUAGUAAAAAUACAAUGGAAAUUAAGCAAGAGGGAGAAAUAAUUGAUGAAAGUACACCUGAUGAACUGGAAACUAAAGUCGAUGAAACAGUUGAAAAGGACUUAGAUGAUACUGAAGUCGAAACAAAUCUCGAAAAGAAUGAUAAAGAAGUUAUAGCUGAUGAAUCAUUGGCAGACGUAGAAUCUUUGCCUGAAAGUCAACCAGAGCAGCCAACAAAAUCUUCAAAAUCAUCUAAACGUAGUACUGAUCGAAAAUCAAAAAGUCGUAGCAGUCGUGCUUCCAAACGGAAGAAACCUAAACCGCUGGUAACAAAUGAAUCUGAAAAUGAUGAGCCUAAUGUUACACCGCCACCGUCGCCUGAAGGUGAUGAUAAUAAACGAAGAUCGGGUAGACAUACACAGAGAAAGAAGUAUGUUGAUGACAUUAUGUUAGCUAUGUCUGAUGAGGAUUCACGAAAAUCUUCUUCUCCUCAACGUUCUAAGUCAGCAGUGUCUGGUAAUGUAAAUGAAAAUAAGCAAACAAGUCAAGAUAAAAAUGGUAAUGGAAGUAAUUCCAUUAAACCAAAUAUGGUAUAUAUAAAUGUAACUGAUGAGGAUUCAAUGGUUGUUCAACACAUAUUAGCUGUUCGAAAAGGUACAAGGGAAGCCACUAAUUUAAAUAAAGAUGAUAAAAAUUCACAUAGUGAUAGUGAAGGUGAAAUCAAAAAAGAAAUAGAAGAAGUUCAAAAUGAAGAAAAAUUAGAUGAAAACCUUGAUGAAAAAUCUGAAAAGAAGUCAGAAGACCUACCUGAAGAAAAAUCGAUUGUCAAACCUGUUGAAAUAUCAGAUACGACUAUAAAAACAGAACAAGAUGAAUCUGAGAAAAAUGACGAAACUGAACAAAGUUUAGAUGGAAAUGAAGAUAGUUCUAAGAAAACUAUUGAAAUGGAUGAAUAUUAUGUAAAAUAUAGAAAUUUUUCAUAUCUUCACUGCGAGUGGAAAACAGAGGAAGAAUUAUUGAAAGGUGACAAGAGAAUUGCUGCUAAACUUAAGCGAUUUAAACAAAAAAUGGCAAAUAAUACUAAUAUUUUUGAAAAUCUCGAAGAAGAACCUUUCAAUCCGGAUUACAUUGAAGUAGAUCGUGUUCUUGAUGUAUCGGAACAAUUGGAAGAACCAAAUGCUGAAAAACCAACUAAAUACUAUUUGGUAAAGUGGCGAUCACUUCAAUAUGAAGACAGUACAUGGGAAUUAGAACAAGAUGUUGAUCCAGCUAAAAUUGAAGUAUUUGAAAGGAUAAGAUAUACACCACCAAAAGAUCAGUGGAAGCCUAAGAAAAAACCAUCUCCUAAUGAUUGGGUGAAAUUAGAUAAAUCUCCCGCAUAUAAAAGCAACAACACCCUUAGAGAAUACCAAUUAGAAGGCCUUAACUGGUUACUUUUUUCUUGGUAUAAUGGGCGCAAUUGUAUCUUGGCUGAUGAAAUGGGUCUUGGUAAAACAAUACAAUCAUUAACAUUUAUUCAUGCUGUUCAUGAAUAUGGGGUGCGAGGACCAUUUUUAGUUAUAGCACCAUUGUCAACUAUUCCAAAUUGGCAAAGAGAGUUUGAAGCAUGGACUGACUUAAAUGUUAUUGUUUACCAUGGAUCAUCUCAUAGUAGAAAUAUGGUACAACAAUAUGAAAUGUAUUAUCGAAAUGAAAAAGGGGCUAUAAUUAAAGAUAUAUCAAAAUUUGAUGUUCUUAUUACAACGUUUGAAACCAUUAUAUCUGAUUGUAUGGAACUUCGAGAUAUCGGUUGGCGAUUAUGUGUAAUUGAUGAAGCUCAUCGUCUUAAAAAUAGAAACUGUAAAUUGUUAGAGGGGUUGCGUGCAUUAAAUCUUGAACACAGAGUUUUAUUGUCUGGAACACCACUACAAAACAAUGUAAAUGAGCUAUUUUCUUUACUUAAUUUCCUUGAACCAUCACAAUUUUCAAGCUGUGAAGAUUUCUUACAAGAGUUUGGUGCUUUGAAAUCUGAAACUGAAGUACAAAAACUUCAAUUGUUGUUAAAGCCUAUGAUGUUAAGAAGAUUAAAAGAAGAUGUUGAAAAAUCAAUUGCUCCUAAAGAAGAAACUGUUGUUGAGGUGGAAUUGACUAACAUACAGAAAAAGUACUAUAGAGGAAUUUUAGAAAAAAAUUUUUCAUUUUUAUCAAAAGGAACCACUUCAGCCAAUGUACCAAACCUUAUGAAUACAAUGAUGGAAUUAAGGAAAUGUUGUAUUCAUCCUUACCUAUUGAAUGGUGCUGAAGAUCAAAUUCAAUAUGAUUAUCGUAAUUUAAACGGUGAUGAUCCAGAUGUUUAUUAUAAAGCUUUAAUUCAUUCAUCUGGUAAAAUGGUAUUAAUUGACAAAUUGUUACCAAAACUCAAAGACAACGGUCACAGAGUUUUGAUUUUUAGUCAGAUGGUACGGUGCUUAGAUAUUAUUGAAGAUUAUUUGGUGUACAGAAAAUAUCCCUUUGAACGAUUAGAUGGUAGGAUUCGAGGAAAUUUACGUCAAGCUGCUAUUGAUAGAUUCUGCAAACCUGACUCUGAUAGAUUUGUAUUUUUAUUGUGUACUAAAGCUGGUGGAUUGGGUAUUAAUUUGACUGCUGCUGACACUGUUAUUAUUUAUGAUAGUGAUUGGAAUCCACAAAACGAUCUUCAGGCUCAAGCACGUUGUCAUAGAAUUGGUCAACAGAAAAUGGUUAAAGUGUAUAGACUUUUAUGUCGGAAUACAUAUGAAAGAGAAAUGUUUAAUAAAGCGUCUUUAAAACUUGGAUUGGAUAAAGCAAUUCUUCAAAGUAUGAACACGGCACAAGGAAAGGAUUUAAACAACAAACAACUUACUAAAAAAGAAAUUGAAGACUUAUUAAAGAAAGGAGCUUAUGGUGCUGUCAUGGAAGAAGAUAAUGCAGGUGAUAAAUUUUGCGAAGAAGAUAUAGAUCAAAUUCUUAGACGUAGAACUCAAGUUAUCACAUUGGAAAGUGAAAAGGGAUCGACCUUUUCAAAAGCAAGUUUUGCGUCUAGUGGCAUUCGACAAGAUAUUGAUAUUGAUGAUCCUGAUUUUUGGAAAAAAUGGGCCAGAAAAGCUGACAUUGACACAUCUGAAGGAGGAGAUCAAAAUGAUUUAGUCAUUUCAGAACCACGCCGACGUACACAAAUUAAACGUUAUGGCCAUGAUGAAGCUGUUAUGGACAUGUCAGAACUGGAAUCAUCAGGUUCUGCUGAUAGUGAAGUGGACAAUAGCUUAGGAGUUGGGCGUGGAAGAGGACGCCGGACUAGAAAAAGCAAAAAAUUACGCACUAAAUUUAUACCUGAUGAUUAUGUACCAAAAGAUGGAGAAGUCGCUUAUGGCUGUUGGACCAGAAGUGAAUGUUUUAAAGUUGAAAGGGGAAUUCUAACUUUUGGUUGGAGCCGUUGGCCAGAAAUCAUUCAACAUAACGACUUUCGUGAAGGAUGGAAAGAAAGUGAUGUUGAAGAUCUUGCUCGCAUUGUUAUUUUAUAUUGUUUGCGUUUUUAUCGUGGGGAUGAAAAAAUACGGUCCUUUAUUUGGGAUCUCAUAACACCAGAUAAUAUUUCAACUGACGAUUCUCCUUCUCAUGGUGGCCAAAGUUCUCGCGGAUCUAAAAAAUAUCGAAAGCCUAAACAAAAAGAUUUUAACUCUACUCAAUUAAUUGAUGAAGAACAUUGGAGUAGAAACAAUAAAUAUGAUGGAGAUUUGUUUUUAGAAAGCAAUUACCGUAAACAUUUAAGCCGACAUGCCAACAAAGUUUUAUUGCGAAUCCGUAUGUUGUAUUACAUUAAAAGUGAUAUAGUUGGUGAGUUUGCCUUACAAGUCGCAGAAGGUGUUCAUGUCAGUGCUUUACCGAUUAAUACGCCAAUUUGUGAUUUAACUCCUGCACCUUGGUGGGACCGAGACGCUGAUCGUUCACUUUUGGUUGGCACGUAUAAACAUGGUUUUGAGUCUUACAAUCAAAUGAGAAGUGAUCCGGCUUUGACUUUCCUUGCCAAAUGUGGUCCACCGACACUUGAGGAAAAAGAAACAUCUAUAACAAAAUUCAAUGAUGUUGAAGAAGGUGCUGAAAUACCUUUAAACUCUGAGGAAGUAUCAUCAGAGCCACCAACUCCUUUAGCUACUGAAGAGAAUGCUUUAAGUAUUGCUAUAGCACCACCAACACCAACAUCUACUACAGAUGAAUACAUAUGGCCAUCAAUUGGUGAUCUUAACAACAGGGUGAGACGACUAAUAAGUACCUGUCAAAGAAACUUCAAAAAAGAAGAACAAAAGCUGGUGCAAAAAGCUAAGCUAGGAGAAUCAACGUGCGCAGCGACGUCAGGUACAGCCCAAUUAUCAGGAGACGUUGCCAGCCUCCUUGGUACGGGACAGCCCGGAUGGGACUGGCAACAACUGGCCAUGUAUCUUUGGAAGGUGGAAAGACGAGAGAAAUAUGAACAGUUUGUUAGAGAACGCGAACGUCAAAGACUUGAAAUAAGUCAGAAAAAAUGGACGCGUAAAGAAGAGCAAGAAUUUUAUAGAGCUGUAACUGCUUAUGGUGUUGAUUAUGACAGGGUUUCGAAGACUUAUAAUUGGACUAAAUUUAAGAGUGUUGCUAGAUUAGAAAAGAAAUAUGACGAUACAUUAACAGAAUAUUUCCGAUCAUUUUAUGCAAUGUGUAAACGUUUAUGUGGUCAAACUUUAACAGAAGAAGAAGAACUAUGUGAUUUUCCAAUGGAAAUGAUAAAUGAAGAAAGAGCUCGGCGAGCACUUGAUCGUAUUAAUUUAAUUGUUAAAAUACGAGAAGAAACAUUGAAUCAUCCACGUCUAGAUGAACGAUUAAAAGGUUGUCAAGUAUCUGCUGAUGUACCUGAUUGGUGGCAACCGGGAAAACACGAUAAAGAUUUACUUAUUGGAGUAUCAAAGCAUGGUUUAGGAAGAACAGAUUUUUAUAUUCUUAAUGACCCUGAAUUAUCAUUCCGAGAAAUUGUUCAAAAAAAUCUGUUAUCAGCUGUAUCGGGAUCGUUUACCACAGAAAUGCUUGAAGCCGCUAAAUUGGAAACAACCAAAACGGAAGCAGCUAAAUUAGAUGCAACCAAAAUGGAAGCAGUGAAAUUGGAUACUGCUAAAACGGAAACUACUAAAACAGAUAUAAUUAAACUAGACAUUGUUAAAACCGAAGCCAUCAAAGUAGAAUCAACCAAGUCUGAAACUAUUAACUCUGAAUUACCAAAAUCCGAAACUGCUAAAACUGAAAAAGUGGAUUCGGAAAUAAAAAUAGAAUCAGUUGAGUUACAAGAAAUGGAAGUAGAAAAAGUUGAAAUCAAUGAUGAUUCAACUCCUGAUAAAACUGAGUCAACAAGAACUGAAGCUAUUGUCGCUGAUAUAAAUGGAGAUAUUGAAAAUACUACCAAUGAAAAAGUAGAAAUACCAUCAAAUGAAGAACCUAAAGAACAGAUGGAUGUUGACAGCGAAGACAUUAAAAAACCAAGCACUUCUGAUGAUAGUUGUAAAGUAGAAGAAGAAGUAUCUGAAAUUCCUACAGAGCAAUUUAAUGAUAAAUGUUCUGAUGAAAUAGUUGACCAACAAAAUGAAGAUGAAAAAUCAGAAAACACUACAAGUGUAGAGAACAAACAGACUGAUGUAAAAGAGAAAGAUGAAUCACAAAAUAAUGAAGUAGAAAAUACUGUAAAAAGUGAUGAUGUUGAAUCUAAAAUUGAAUCUAUUAAAAAUGUCAUUAAUGAGGUUCCUUUAGACACAAUAAAGAGUGUAGAUCGAUUAAAAGCCAUGUUUCCAGAACUGGAAGUUGUGCACAAAGAUGUAUCUUGUCCAACCAUUGAUAAAUUACCAAUACAUAAGCCUUUGCAACAGAUCGACCAAACCAUUGCUCAUCUCUUAGCAACAAGCUAUCAAAACCCAAUUAAAUGGCCUAAAGAACAUGCACUAGUGGUCCGUUUACAGCAUAUAGUAGAGUGUGUUGAAACAGGAGAAUGGCCUGUAAGCAAGAAAUUUUCUGCUUAUGCUCAAAAUCCAAGUAUGUGUGGAAUGGGAAUAGAAGAAACUGAUAUAACCGUUUCUAAAAGAGAUGUUGGAGUAUCUCAUGAUCAUUUAAAUUUAUCCGAUAUCCAUAAUGAACAUUCAAAUCUGAAAGCCAAUAAUAUUAUGGCUCAUUCAAACCCUAAUUUGAAACGUAAACGUCACAUUGCUAUUGAUGUUGAGACAGAAAGAGCUAAGCUGCAUGCAUUAUUAAAUACCAAUUCUAUCCCAGCUCAUCCAAUCAAACACUCUCCAGCUCCUAUGUGGGAGCAAACGGAUGAAUCACUUUCUGAAGAUUCAAGGCGUUCAACUCCAGUCACACCACAGCUCAUUCAGCCUCCACCAGCUCACCAACAAUCUCACAAUACACCUUCACGAUUAAUGAACAUGGGGUAUGAUCUUAAAGUGUUAAACAAUCCAAAACCUCCAACUACUGUCGCUGCUACAACACAAUCUACUGGACCUAUGGAUUUAUCUUCUGGUGGUGGCACGCAAGCUGGAUGCAUGGAUUUAAGUUCAGGACCAAGAACAUCAUCUGUGUCUAUUAAUGAGGCUCAAGAUUUUUCAAUGCCAUUCAAAAAUAAACCAGUUCAAAAUAUAACUCAAACGCCUUCAUCUACACCUCCAAAAAGCAAAUUAGAUGACAUGUUAAACAAAUUAAUGCAAAAAAAAAAUUGUGUACGCACACCACGCCCGGCUGAUGAACCUGUAGUUGGAAAGGAAAUGAAACGGCGUAAACUAGAUGAAAUUGUUUUUGGUCUCUCUGCUGCUAAAGAACAACAAUCGUUACCUUCAUCGGAGCAGAAAAAACACUUGGCAUCAACUCCAACUGCUCACAAUUACCCAACGCCUUCAAAUAAAUCACAACAAAAUAUGACACAACAAAUAGGAGCUGCUCAUAGACAAUCUACUAAAAUAGAUCCACUUGCAGCGUAUUUAUCUUCUCAAGUUCACGAACAGCAAUCCAAUUUACUCAAACAACAUACAACUUUACAACAACAACUUGCUCAACAGCAACAAGUAUUAAAAAUGUCUCAAGCAUCAAGUGUGUCAUCGGUAUCUCAAACACAACGUAAAAUGUAUGAAGCAAUGAUGGAUAGUAUGGCUAAGAGUACGGCCGAGUACUCGGGGAAACUAAAUGCUUCAUCGUUUUCUCAAGAAUCUAAAGUUAAUAAAUGGUUAGCUGAACAAAACGCGCUGAUGACUGACCAACAAAUGUCUGCAGACUUCUUGUCAGCUCCAAGAAGAAGAAGGCCAAGAGUAGAUCCAACAUUAUUGGAUUGGAAAAAAUUGACUGGUGAAGAAAAUGUAUCAGUCAUAAAUAGAACAACGGGAAAAAAGUUAACUGGUACGAAAGCUCCACAGUUGAAAAGAAUUGGACAAUGGCUGCUUGAAAAUCCAGCCUAUGAUGUGGAUCCUAAAUGGGCAGACUUAGUUAAAGAACGAGGGAAUCUCACUCACGAUUUACAAAAACGUUUACCUCAAACAGAACGCAAGAAAGGGCCUGGUCGACCACCGAUGCAAUCUGGAGAAAGCCCGUCUAGUCAAUCUUUAUCGGCUAAUCAACCUUCGACGUCAAUGGCACCAAAUCUUUCAUUCCCGUCAUUGGCAUCAGCAGGGCUUGGUGGAUUAAAUCCGUCUACUUUGUUAUCAAGUUUAUCUAUGGGAAAUUUUGACCCUAAAAAUAAUCCUUUGCUUAUGCCAUUUAGUGGAUUGCCAAAUAUUGGUGCCUUAGGAGGUAUGGGAGGAUUGAGUAAUAUGAAUUUAACUAAUUCCUUAUUUGCCAACCUUGCUGGUCUAGGCCUUCCUGGUCUGGCUGGUAUGGAUCCAUCGAGUAUGAAUGACAGUUCUCAUUCAACACAAAGUCCACAGUCGAACCCUAAGUCUUCCAAAUCAAGGAAAUCUGAGUCUAAUACCAAAAAUAUUCCAUCUUCAUCAGCUAAUGUACCUUCGAGUAUGCCUGGUUCAUUGCCAUUUUUCUUCCCAAAUCCUAGCUUGUUAUAUACGCCUUUGGGUUUGGGUGGAUUAAAUCCAUUUUCAUUACAACCAGGAGCUAUAUCAUCUGCGUAUGAUAGCCUUUCAUUGUUGAAUGGUAGUUUAAAUGUGUCAUCGCCUAACACAUCCCAAAACUCGCUUUCACGUCAUAAAACUUCAAGUAGCCGAGGUCAGAAUUCUAAUGUUAGCACUGUUACAUCGUCUAGCCAAAGACAACCAAGAACUAGUACACAUCAUCUUCCAUCACCAACUCAAAGUUCUACAGAUCUUCUCGAGAAUUUAACACGAGCUGGGCGUAAUUUACCUCCUCCAGAUUUAUCAAAAAACCGUAGUUCAAGAGAUGUUGACAAUCUACGUUCCCUUAUGUCAAGUAUUCCAUCAUUUAAUGUAUUGGCAGCUGGAGCCCUAGCAAGUGGUAAUGACUCAAAGAAAACUAGAGAGCAAGAGAUGAGAGAAGCUCUUGAGAAUUUAAGUAAAGCUUCACCUGAACUAUUUGCGCGAUCAUUGCCUGAUGACAAAAAGUUUAGUUUCCCAUCUAUGGAAAUGAUUGAGAAAACUUUAAAGAGACCAGCGGAGCAAAAUACAUCAAACGAAAGACCAAACAAGCGAGCUAAAGACAUGAUAUCACCAAUUACAAUACCUAUACCUCCUACUAUGACUAAAUUACCAUCUACUAAUAGGGAAAAUGUAUCAGAAUCUGGUAUUGAUUUAUCCAGUACUCUCAAAGCUAAAUCUCCUGAAAAACAAAGAGAAAAACUAAAAAAAAUGGAUAUUCCUCAACCCACUAACGUAGAUGUGGAAUGUGAUUCACAAUUAUUGGAUAAAUGUGACACAGAAAGCAUUGAUAUGACAAAACAAAAAUCUGACAUAGUUGAUGAAAACGAUGAGAAAAAUGGUAGCAAAAACCGUAAAAGAUGUCGAACAAAAAAAACUUCUGUUGAUGAAAAUGUUGAGCGUAAGAACUUACGAAGUAAUGCUGGUAGAGCUGCUGCAGCUGCAGCUGCAAGAACGAAGUCGCAUUCACCAUCUCCAUCGCCAGAAUAA